AAAAAUUUAACUUUAUUAAUCUUUUUCUGUCUCUUCUGUUUUUCAAAAUGUCGAGACACCAAUGGUCCCGUGAGAAACAAGGUUUUUGAACCGAUGAAAAUUCCUGAGAUUUAUCUGACAAGGAACAAUUCUCGGGAAGCGAAGUGCGAUGGGCAAAUGAAAAUUUUUGAGAACGCGCUGCUAAAGUAUGAGCUUUGGGCACUGAAAAUGUUCGACGCAAGCUCGAAAAUUCCUUCGGGACUCAUCCAAGGGAACAUCAAAGACCUGGGAAUGUACGACCAAUGCAUCACGGUCAACGUCACCGUGGGAAAUGAGAUAAUACGAGGACAGCACUGCAUGUAUGCACUUGAUGUUAAUAUCAACGGAACAAAGAUGCCUGUAUCUCUUGUUCUGAGUGCCUGCGUCCCCGCGACCUGCAAAGCCGAACAGGUAACGAUGAAGAUGCAGAGACUGAUUAACAUGGCCAGUGGCUUCCUGGGCAGGAGUGAGCUCCAGGUGAUCGGCGCGACAUGCUCCAGAAGCGAUGAUCAUCAUUGGGACCUGAGUGCUGUUAUUACGCUCUAUGUUUUCGGAGUUUUUCUGACCUUUCUAUUAACCUGCACUUUCUGCGAUGCACUAUCACGUUUGACAAGCAUCAACAGUGGAUUUUUCAAUUCUCUCUGCAAAUUUUCGUUAAUCACCAACAGCCAACACAUCCUAAGCACUAAAGUCUCUGAAAAUCAGAUUCCGGUCAUCUCAGGCCUCAGAUUCUACAGCGUAUGCUGGAUCAUGCUAGCACACUUUUACUAUCACACUUUUUCUGGCAGUGUUAUUAAUCUCCGUGACAUCGUAACAUGGACCCAAUCCUGGAAUGCUGUAUUUAUCCUUCUAACUCCAAAUUCCGUCAAUACAUUUCUAGUGAUAACCGGAUUUUUGAGUUCAUACAAGUUUAUUAAAAAGAUGGCCAUAAGACGCAAGUUAAAUAUUUUUACUUACUAUUUUCGUAGAUAUUUGAGAUUAACACCCGCAUUGUUGGCACUGCUUUCGAUCACAACAUUCUUACUUCCGAAAAUGGGUUCAGGUGCACUAUGGAAGACGACAAUGAAUAUCCAGAGUCAUUACUGCCUAAAAAACUGGUGGCCGAUGCUUCUGUAUGUCCAUAAUUACGUUUACAAGGAUGGAAUAGAGUGUUUGCUUCACACUUGGUACUUGGCAAUGGACAUGCAAUUGUUUUUGCUAAGUCCAUUAAUAUUUUAUCCACUUUACAAGAAGCCUAAGCUGGGAUUAAGUAUUCUCUUCGCCGCAAUCAUUGCGUCGAUAAUCACACCAGCUGUCGUAGUGGCAGUAAAUAAGUUCACUAUCGCUUGGACAUUAGCUGGCGACUUGGACAGAAAGAUAGAUAUGAUGCUUUAUUUCUACCUCGUUACUUACACACAUGCCGGUCCGUGGUUGUUGGGAGUCCUGGUAGGAUAUCUUCUGGCUGCCGAUCGGAGAAUCCCCGGCCCUCGAGUUAGGAAAAUGGGGUGGAUUUUAACCAUUUUAGCUUUCAUGUUCUCGAUUUUUACGUUCAGGAUCUACCAGAGUGCAGACUACCACUGGAAUAUCUACUGGGAAACCUUCUAUGCUGGAUUAUCACAGCAUAUUUGGGCGUUUGGAGUCUGCUGGAUUAUCUAUGUAUCUGUCUUAGGUCAUGGAGGAUUUAUAGCCAAAUUUCUGUCAUUACCGAUCUACACCCCAUUCAGUAGGAUGUCAUACUCGAUUUACCUAAUCCACUUUGAAAUUCAAACGAUUAAAAGAGCAUUCUCCAGAGCUCCUACUUAUUUUAACGAUGCACAAAUGAUGCAUGGAUUUCUCGGUGAGGUAGUGGUUUACAUCCUAGGUGGAUUCGUUUUCAGCCUCAUGUUUGAGUUACCAUUUCGGUCCUUGAAAAAUUGAGUCUCGCUAAUAUAUCUACGAUUAGUC